UCGCCSCUCUCUGAAGCGGCACCUGCCACGUCAGUUUGUUCGUCAUCAUCAUCAACAUAAAACAUGGCGGCGUCUGUCCGCGAGAAGCAGACAGUGGCUUUGAGGCGGAUGCUGAACUUCAACAGUCCUCCUCUGAAGAACACAUCAGCUGAACCCGUAUGGAAGGUGUUGAUAUACGACCGGUUUGGUCAGGACAUCAUCUCUCCUCUGCUGUCCGUCAAAGAGCUGCGGGACAUGGGCAUCACGCUGCACCUGCUCCUCCACUCUGACAGAGAUCCUGUCCCUGAUGUUCCUGCUGUUUACUUCCUGAUGCCCACAGAGGAGAACAUCGACAGGAUCUGUCAGCCAUCAACAGAGGGGACAUCCUGGACACGGACAUGGAGUCCAUCAUGGACACCAUCGUGGACAGCCUCUUCUGUUUCUUUGUGACUCUGGUCCGUUUCCAGAGGUGGCAGAGUCGGUUCAGGAGGAGCUGGAUUCAUACAGAGCUCAGGAGGACGAGGUCAAACGUCUGAAGAGCAUCAUGGGUUUAGAAGGAGAGGAUGAAGGAGCCAUCAGCAUGCUGUCUGACAACACGGCCAAGCUCACCUCUGCUGUCAGCUCUCUGCCUGAACUUCUGGAGAAGAAAAGACUGAUUGACCUCCACACCAACGUGGCCACUGCAGUGCUCGACCACAUCAAGAGUCGUAAAUUAGAUGUUUACUUUGAGUACGAAGAGAAGCUGAUGAGCAAAUCUGCCUUAGACAAAUCACUGCUGGACAUCAUCAGUGACCCAGAUGCGGGGACUCCAGAGGACAAAAUGAGACUCUUCCUUAUUUAUUACAUCACAGCUCAGCAGGCUCCUUCAGAGACUGACCUGGAGCAGUAUAAGAAGGCUCUGAUGGAGGCAAACUGUGACCUUUCACCUCUCAACUACAUCAAACAGUGGAAAGCUUUUACCAAAAUGGCCACCAACCCGACCAACUACGGCAGCAGUGGAGUCAAACCCAUGGGGCUGUUCUCCAGAGUCAUGAACACAGGCUCUCAGUUUGUCAUGGAGGGUGUGAAGAACCUGGUGCUCAAACAACACAACCUUCCGGUCACUCGGAUUCUGGACAACCUGAUGGAGAUGAAGUCUCAUCCUGAAACGGACGAUUAUCGAUACUUUGACCCAAAGAUGCUGCAGCGAGGCGGGGAGAGCUCCAUUCCCAGGAACAAAAACCCGUUUCAGGAGGCCAUAGUUUUUGUGGUCGGAGGAGGGAACUACAUCGAGUACCAGAACCUGGUAGACUACGCAAAGUCCAAACCAGGAAGGAAGAUCAUUUACGGCUGCAGUGAACUUUUUAACGCUCCUCAGUUCAUGAAACAGCUCGCUCAGCUUGGACAAAAGUGACCAACAUCCUGAAUAUUCCUCUUCUGAAGCUUUUCUUUGUUUUUUAUCAUUUCUGUAAAUCRUCUAAACUUUUCUGUUUCACUCGGUCCUAAUAAACCUGAACAAGUCGUC